UCUUGGUCACUGACCACAGGGGAAGCUCUUUGGCAAUAUCAGAAAAGAAGAAGCCAGAUUGUAAACGGAAGUGCUGCCCAUCCUGGGCAGGCAUGUUUGGGGAGGGCUCCCACCUCCCAGUCCUCGGAAGGAGCCUGGUCCUGCCUCUCCGGUGGUCAGAUUAGCCUGAGGCAGCCCCUCCACAGAGCCUCCCCUCUGGCCUAGAGGCUCUGCUUGUUUUCUCAUCCUCCAAGGAGAGCGAGGCGAUGGGUCUGCCCCUGCUGCUGCUCCUGCUGCUGCCCCUGCUGCCGCCAGCAGCUCUGCAGGCUGGUGGCUCAGCAAAAUGCAUUUCAAACCUUGAUUAUGAAGUCCACCAACCAGAGAACCUCUCAGCCCCUGAGGGUGGCUCCAUCGACAUCCCCUUCUCCUUCUGUUACCCCUGGGAGUUAGCCAGCGAUCCCAACGUGCGUAUAUCCUGGAGAUGGAAACAAUUCCAUGGAGAGUUCAUCUACAGCACAACCCCGCUGUUCACCACAACCUCACCGUUCAUCCAUAAGGAUUUUAAAAACCGCCUCUCCCUGAACUGGACAAAGGGCCAGAGGAACGGCUCCCUCCGAAUCUCCAACCUGCGGAGAGAGGAUGGACGUAGCUACUUCUGCCGAGUCCAGUUGACCACACGGAACGAAGGCGAGACGGUGUGGCAGUCCAUCCCAGGGACCAAACUCAUCAUCACCAGAGCCACCGAGAAAACCACCAAGGACCCCACCAGCACCACCAGCACCACCAGCACCACCAGCACCACCAGCACCACCACCACCACAGAUGGCCUCGGUGUCUCGGGGGACAAAUGGACAUCAGGGUCUAGGCCCCUGACUCCAGGAGCGAUAGUUGGGGUGGCACUGGCGGGUGCCGUGCUCAUAAUCACAAUUUUGGGAUUGGUAGUCUACCUCAGGUGUAGGAGAAGCAAAGGUCUGCAGACUAAAUGUGGGAAGGAUGAUGUUCAAGGUGGAAAGAAAGCAAGAGCCCCAGACAGGGGAUCCUUCCAUAACACUGAGGAGAAGCACGAGAACAUUGGGCAUAAAGGACUACAUAGAGACUCCAAGCCGGACCCAAAAGUUGACAGCAUCCUCUAUGCCUCCCUUACCCUCUCCAACUCAACCUCACCCUCACCGACAGCACCUCCUAGCCACCUUCUCCACGAGAGCCCCCAGGAAGAGACCCUAUACUCUAUGUUAAAGACCUAAGGAGUGUGACUGAGUGAUGACCUCCUUAGAGUAAGCUGCACAGAAGGAUCACCACUUCCCAUAACAAUCCCAGCCGGACACCGAUGACUCAGAAGCCAGCAGGGGUCAAAGGCCACCAAGGACCAAAGAAAAAUAGCCAUCUGCUCCAGUUCCCUCUUCGUCUCGUUCCCUUGCCCACAAAAAUAAAAGUACCUGUAGGAUUUGCCUGCAUGCAUCUAAGAAAAAAAUGAUGUCACCUUCAACUUCUCUCCUUCUCACCAAAAAUGAACUAUAAUAGAUAGCUCACUGCCUCAGGCCUGGAAACAAUAAGUUACCAAACACUGGUAGGCAGCCUGGAACCCAAGGUCUGCCUCCCAGUCUAACCACUCUUACUUCCCUUAUAAUAAUAACUGGCAUGUAUUGUGCUAUGCAUUAUCUCAUUUAAACAUUAACAACCUUA